CCAGCUCUCCCGUGAGCUCCGCGCUGAUUGGCUAAAAUCGAGUAAAGGCGGAAGUCUACAGUAUGAGGGGAUUCCCCGAGGGAAGUUCCCAACUCAACUAGACUAUGUAAAACAUACAUUGCCAUAUCCUCUCCAGCGCUUGGUAACUUUGCAUCUCAAGAUUAGGCGACGACGCUGCGGUAGUGUCAAAACAAUAAAUUCGACUUCAACAGUUACUCGAAUGAAGUUUCACUCGUAGGGCUCAUGUGUGCUGUGUCAGUGAUGAUUGUGGAGCACAAGGCAUGGAAAGGAACAUCGGAGACCAGCUCAAUAAAGCAUUUGAAGCUUAUCGUCAGGUCUCCAUUGAAAAGGACAUUGCUAAAAAGGAGCUGCAGAAAGUGACUGAGUAUUAUGAGCAAUAUACUCGAGACCUUCAAAAGCAGAUAGAAGAUCAACAGCAACUGAUUUCAGAACUUGAAGCAAAGUUGUCAGCAACAAGGCAACCAUCAGGAGAAAUGAAAUGCGAGCCAUGUAGUCAUCUUCUUGACGGGGCCAGCACUUAUAGGAAAUUACAGUACCCGGAGAAUAUGGGCUCUGUUGCCGUUGCUCCUAAUAUACCAAUCAACAGCAGCGUUGACUAUCAGGAAAUGCGGGAAGCAUUUGAAGCCAUUGAAGGGAAAUUUCGACAGAUCCGGUCUUUAACCAAAAGACAAAAAGAUUACUUAAAAAGAUUCCAUGGAGGAAGUGAUGCAUCAAAUGAUCAGCGGUUCUCCAUGCCCAUCCAAUGCACAGACCGUACCGCAGAUUCAGAGGGACCAUUUUCCUCAGCUCUAAGGACAGUGGAUAUCUCUCCCAUGUCUACCUCUCUGGCAUCCCGUGGCACCAGCCAGGAAGACAAGGACUUGGUAGAAUCUCUCACCAAACUGAGCGUCAAAUUCCCGCCCUCUGCGGACAGUGAAUAUGACUUCCUGAACAGUGCUCCGGAUAGACAGAUUGGUCUACCCAUGGCUGUCCCGCGACCUCUCAGUAAUGUCUCCUCCACACUGACAGAGAAGGAGUCCGUGCCUUUUGUCUACCCUAACUCCCCCUCCCACACAACAUCAUCUACACUCUCCCAGGAGAGCGUGCGGGGACCCCAGCAGUCUGUCUGGAUACCGGAUCUGUGUGAUGCAGCUGCUGUGGGGACAGAGCUGGAGACACCUCAGAGCAGCACUCCUGAAUGUGCUUUCUGCAAUGCUGUGGUUCCUCCAGACCAAAUGAACAGCCACCUCUACUUGCAUUUCUCUCAUAAGAAUGAAGCAGACAAGUGACGGUAGAAGCAGAGACUGAUGGGAAGAAGCCACAACUAUUUCAAGACUUUACUGUUUUCAUGGUGUAGCCGUGCCUGCCAUGAAGUACAAGCGCUGUACUGGACUUCAAAUGACACUGCAAUAAGACUUGAAUUCAUUUAUUUAAUACUGAAGAAUUAAAUGGUACAUUUCUUUGCCCAUUAUAUUUUUCUAAAACCCCACUGAGAUUUUACAGUGAUGCGUAUGGUAUAUGUGAGCAAAUAAACACAUUUAGACUCGUAA